UCUAAUAUAUAUAUAAAACAGUAUAUCAAAGAUAAAAUAGAGAGAAAUGGGAGAUUUGCAGCAGCAACAGCAAGGCAGUGAAGUUGCAGUUCCUGAGUCAUUGGGUGGAGGAAGCCACCACAUAACUGCUAUCAAUGUCGAACCUGGAAGCACCCCACAACAAUCCUUCCCUGUUAACCAUACCAAACGUUUUGUUCAUUCUGAUGCUCACGAGAAACCUGGGUGGCGAAAGUUUCUAUCGUAUGUAGGCCCUGGUUUCCUGGUCUCGCUAGCUUAUCUUGAUCCUGGAAACCUGGAAACUGAUCUUCAAGCAGGAGCUGAACAUGGAUAUGAGCUGCUGUGGGUGGUGUUAAUUGGAUUAAUCUUUGCCCUUAUAAUCCAAUCUCUUGCUGCUAAUCUUGGAGUCAGCACUGGCAAGCACUUAUCAGAAUUGUGCAAGGCUGAGUACCCAAUUUUGGUGAAGUACUGCCUAUGGUUACUUGCAGAAAUUGCUGUCAUAGCUGCUGAUAUACCUGAAGUUAUCGGGACAGCCUUUGGACUAAACAUACUGUUUAACAUCCCAGUGUGGGUUGGAGUUCUGUGCACUGGUUUAAGCACUCUCCUCCUCCUUGGCCUGCAAAGAUAUGGGGUAAGGAAGCUGGAAAUGCUGAUAGCAAUUUUGGUGUUCGUAAUGGCUGGAUGUUUCUUUGGGGAAAUGAGUCACGUAAAGCCUCCAGCAUCAGGUGUCAUUAAGGGCAUGUUUGUCCCUAAGCUUGCCGGCCAAGGUGCCACCGCUGAUGCCAUUGCCCUCUUGGGUGCCCUCGUUAUGCCGCACAAUCUCUUUCUCCAUUCUGCUCUCGUGCUCUCCAGAAAAGUACCCAACUCCGUUCAUGGCAUCAAUGCUGCUUGUAGAUAUUUCCUAAUAGAGAGUGGUUUCGCCUUGUUUGUGGCGUUUUUAAUUAAUGUAGCGGUUGUAUCAGUUUCGGGAAGUGUCUGUUCUGCCGAUAAUCUCUCCAGUGAUAAUCAUCGUCGUUGCAAUGAUCUCAACCUUAAUUCUGCUUCUUUUCUCCUACAGAAUGUGUUGGGAAAGUCAAGCUCAACCCUUUAUGCCAUUGCACUUCUUGCCUCUGGACAAAGCUCUACCAUCACAGGCACCUAUGCUGGACAAUUUAUAAUGCAGGGUUUUUUGGAUCUUAAGAUGAAGAAAUGGGUGAGGAAUUUGAUGACACGGUGCAUUGCCAUUACACCUAGUCUUAUAGUGUCCAUUAUUAGUGGAUCUCAAGGUGCCGGUCGACUGAUCAUCAUUGCAUCCAUGAUUCUUUCAUUUGAGUUGCCAUUUGCUCUCAUCCCACUCCUUAAAUUCAGUAGCAGCUCAACCAAGAUGGGACCAUAUAAGAACUCAAUAAUUAUAAUCGUAAUUUCCUGGAUUCUCGGGAUCGGAAUCAUCGGCAUCAACAUCUAUUAUCUGUCUACGGCCUUCGUAGAUUGGCUGAUUCAUAAUGAUUUCCCAAAAGUGGGGAAUGUGUUAAUAGGAAUCAUUGUAUUUCCUCUAAUGGCAAUCUACAUCAUGGCAAUCAUCUAUCUAACCUUUCGAAAAGAUAUCAUCAUAACAUAUAUCGAACCCGAAAAGAAUGUAAACAUUAAUGCUCAAAUUCGAAUGGAAAGUGGGCUAACUAAACCCGGUGACUCCUUCCGAGCAGACAUUGUUCCUUACAGGCAGGAUUUAGCUGACAUCCCGUUGCCGGAGUAGUUGGUUUUUGAUCUCUUAAAUCAAGUGUGUUGACAAGUUAGUGUUAUCAAUUUGUUUCAAGUUAGAUGACGAAGAUGGUUC